GUUCAGGGUCGGUGUACUCCCAAAUCAUUGGGCAUCUUCCAAACUGUUCGUCUAAUUUGCUUCCGAAUUAUUAACAGUUAACGUUGUGUGAAAAUGAGUCAGCGCAGCGUCGUUUCAACUGUAGUCCCGCGAUCAUCGCAUAUAUUUUCAGCGAUGUGGACUAGAUAGACGAGACGGUACUUGCCCGUUGGUAUAUUAGUCUGUUGCAUGUAUCUCCACCCAUUAUCAGUAUUUCCGGGACCAUGUUCGCGCUGCGCCACGAUUCAUGUUGGUCGUUGCGGUGCUUCGCUGACGCGAUGGCGGCUCGACAUGGUUCAUUAGUGUGUCUUCCUCUUGCCCAUCCCUUUGGUUAAUAACACUUUGCAGCAAACACAAUCAACCUGCUGUUGUAUCCAGUCCUGUCUUUUACAUAACAAUUCGUCGUAUGCCCAUUGCGAAGUACAAUAUUCUACGCCAUAUCUUGGCCGUCGCAGUGUCUUCAUCCGUUAAAGCCGUCAUUUUAGCCGCCAGGCUAAUUAAGCUUAUAUCGCCCGUUGAAACAAAAAAGUUGAUACAAUCAACUGUAUUUCUGAUCGCGUGUAUGACUAUAGUCGUAAGAUGUUUUCAUCAGUCAUGGCAGGGCGUGAAAUGCGUGCCGCUGUUGCUGUUGCUAGUAUCGCAUUUUUAAACACAGUACUGCCCUUCAUGUUGAUUGAAUCGACGUAUCUUAUUAUCACAUUUCCGCGCGCGUCCGUCGCCAUGUUGGGGCUGUUGCCCAAUCUUACGACCAAAGUACUGCUCCCAUAUCUUGUGAGACCAGUUCCAAAUCGGUGGAGGCCAAUAAUGCUGUCAGUUUGCUUUUUAUUGACAACCUUCCUGGCGAUUGCCAGUUCUCCUAAUGUACCACCGCCGAUGCGUCUUCUAGUCUGCGCGCUCGCAGCGGUUACUUCCGCGGCGACAGAAGUAGUGACGCUAAACGCUGUGCAGGAGUUCGGUCGGUCGUCGCUCCAAGGCUGGGGGGUUGGAUCUGGGUUGGGAUGCAUUAUAUGCGCUGCUGCUCCGUAUAUAUGGACCUUCAAGAUGGGACACACCAUACUGGAGGCGACUCAGUAUGGCGUAUACUUGGCGGUAUUGCUGUUUGGUGCCUUCUACCUUCUCCCUAGCGCCAAGUCCUGCAAAACAAACUCCAAAAAUGGCGUCUUAAAAGCUCUCAAGAAUGGCAAUGAGAUAAAUAUUUCGACAACAGAUCUCGCUGGAUUGUUCGAAACUGGAACUCAUGUCUCAUUCGGGCUGCUGAAACCCUACAUGACCUCUCUGUAUGCAAUGGCUGUGCUGCAGUCAUUCGUUAUACCUGGGAUUUCUAGAGCCGCUUACAGACCUCCAGGGGCUGAUUUCGAGACCUCACUUCUGGUAAAUAAGGUUUCAUUGGCCCUGGGUAUUCUUUUGGGUCGUUCUUCGCUCUUAUGGUUCCGGAUCGGCGAACUUAAAACCCUUCUGACUGUUCAAGCAAUCAUCAGCUUUGUGAUGAUGGUGAAUAGUGUUUUUCUCGUUUACAGCGGUGAUAGCCUAUUGACCUUGGGGCACGCCUUGCUUGGAGUUUCUUCUGGGGCAAUGUAUAUCAACACAUACGCACACGCACUAGAAAAUCUUACUCGAGGUUCACCCACACAAGCAAAGACCGGGUUAUCCUUUAUUGCCUCUGGGGAAGUACUGGGAUUAUUAGUUGGUACUCUUUCGGGAUGUUCCAUAGAGUGGAAGCUCUGUGGAGAGCCAGGAUUGGCAACUGGGCGUUGGUGCUCGCCGCCAUCGUAGUAAAUAGAUAUCAAUAAUGAACUGAAUUGGGUCUUUUUCUGUAUUUACCGAGAAAUAGUUAAACUAGUCGUCAUACUCGUACCGUUCUUCAGCGUAUUCGUUGCCGUCCUCGUAAUAGUCUCUUUCUUCAACAUACUCAUUUCCGCGUCGAUAUUCAUGUGUUUCUUCGACAUAGUCAUGGCCGUCUUCAUCUCGAUACUCACGACGUUCUUCAUAAUCAUACCGCCUGUAUGAAUGUCUUGAUGAUGAUCGUGACGAGCUUGAGGAGCUGCUGCUGCUACUGCUUCUGCUUCGCCUCUCAAAAAAUUCCUCAACUUCAUCCUCUUUCCGGUCCACAUAAUUAUGAACCUCGUCCUCUUUACGAUCGAUAAAGUUAUGCACCUUGUGCGCCUCGUGACCUAGAACUUCAGCUCCGACGAAGCCUACAGCGGCACCUCCCAAUGCACCUAGGGCCAUGCCACCCGCACCACCGAGUCGACUGCUGCCUGAUGCUCUACCUGUAUCAUUUGAACCUCUAUUGGGCUGUUGCUGAGAUCCAUACUGUUGCGGCGGGUAUUGUUGAGGAGGAGGGUAUUGCUGUGGUGGUGGCUGGCCGCCCGGAGCUUCCCACUGGGUUCGCCCUGUUGCUUGUUCGGCAUAGUACCAUCUUUGGUGUCUUUGAUCGUAAAGAGGGAUCCAGCCUUGGGGAAGUGGUGGUGAACCGGGUGGAGGUUGGUACUGAGGAGAAUAAGGCGACGGCGGUUGGGGCGGGUAGCCUACGAUAUGAAUUAGUCCAGUACAGCGAAAUGAGCCUUCUAAACGUAUUAAUUAUACUUACCACCGCCAACACCCGCGUUGCCGUAGUUUGGGGGCAUACUAUACGUGGCCAUGGUCACGGCGAUAUUUACAAAAGAAUGUUUAUGCAACAAGAAAUGAAGAGUCUUGAGAAGGGACUUCCCCGACGGAGCCGGCCAACAGGCAAUUUAAGAAGGAUAUGCAAGCCGCAACUGCAGACCAGGCGGCCUCAGCCGACCCCUGUCAGGCCUGUUCUGCAGGAGAUCUGACUUACAGAAAAGAAAUGGCGUAGACGGCAAAUCGGUGCCGAACACAAAGCACGGGUCCGAAUACCGCAGUGACCCUUGAAGACUGGGCAGCCAACCUAUAGAAAUCCGUCCUGCGGGUCGGGAUUCGGGCAUCCAUUUAAUGUAAGGCAGGCGUGACGCAAGCUUCGCCAGUCAGUUGGCCUCCCCCCCUCCCUGUUACAUUGGCUGGCGCGGGGCAUUGCACCAGUGUGGUGUUGUGUUAGAGGCAUUCUCUGAAAAAGAGCAAGAAUUUCUACGAUACGAGUGGUGUUCAGUUAUGAUAAAAUUUUGUGUACCCAAAACUGCCAGCUGGUGUUCCUGCCUUCUAAAAGAAAGCCAUCUGACGCAGCUGUGACAGCUGGUGCGCUCUUUUACCAACCCCGCCAGCAGCAAGCUUCGGACUCAGCCUCGCUCGGUCCACCUUUGUCGCCCCUCGAUCCACACAAGCACCGUCAUCACCGUUCAGCUAAACCAUCGUCUCUUGUCAUCUUCAACCCACCCAAAUCUGUCCUGUCCAUCUACCCGAUUCAUCCCUUUCGAUCGCAAGAAUGGCAUAUCCUGGCCAAGGACAUUAUGGUGCUGCCAACCACCCUGGCGGCGCGCAGGGCUACGGCCAAGGCUAUGGUCAUGCCCCUCCUCCCACUGGCCCUCCUGGCUACGGCGGCGGCGGUUACGGACAACCUCAGGGCUAUGGUCCUCCUCAAGGCGGACCGCCUCAAGGCUAUGGAGGCCCUCCUCCUCAACAGAAUUGGGGACCUCCUCAAGGCCCUCCUCAGGGCUAUGGUGGCCCUCCUCCUCCCCAAGGAUAUGGUGGCCCUCCCCCGCCUCAAGGUGGUUGGAACCAAUACCCUCCGCCUAACCAACCACCACCUCCGGGCUAUAACUCCUACGGCUAUCCUCAGCAGAAUCAGCAACGACAGGGUUGGGGUGCACCUCCCCCUUCAGCACCUCAGUCCUUCGGUAACGGUGCGCCGCAGGGCUACACGUUUCAAUACUCCAAUUGCUCUGGUCGUCGCAAGGCGUUGCUGAUUGGCAUCAACUAUUUCGGUCAGAAUGGCGAGCUUCGAGGAUGUAUCAAUGAUACCAAGAAUAUGUCAACCUUUUUGAACGAACGAUACAACUACAAGUGGGAAGAUAUGGUCAUCUUGACUGAUGAUCAGCAGGAUCCGCGCAAGAUACCCACCAGAGAAAAUAUCCUCAAGGCUAUGCAGUGGCUUGUAAACGGUGCUCAGCCUAACGAUGCUCUUUUCUUGCACUACUCUGGUCAUGGUGGUCAGACCGAGGAUCUCGACGGCGACGAAGACGACGGCUUUGAUGAAACAAUUUACCCCGUCGACCAUGCCAGAGCCGGACAAAUUGUCGAUGACGAAAUCCAUGCCAUUACAGUCCGACCUUUGCAACCGGGUGUUCGCCUGACGGCCAUUUUUGAUUCCUGUCACUCUGCAACAGCCAUGGACUUGCCCUACGUCUACUCAACCAAGGGUGUCCUAAAGGAGCCGAACCUGGCCAAGGAGGCUGGCCAAGGUCUCCUCUCAGCUGUCGGAGCGUAUGCUCGUGGCGAUUUCGGCGGUCUCGCGAGCGCCGUUAUGGGCUUUGCCAAGACUGCAUACAAGGGUGACGACGCGUACGAAAAGACUGUCCAGACCAAGACAUCGCCUGCCGAUGUAAUUAUGUGGUCUGGCAGUAAGGACUCGCAGACUUCUGCCGAUGCUACCAUCAACGCCCAGGCAACUGGUGCCAUGUCGUGGGCUUUCAUCACAGCCUUGAAACAAAACCCUCAGCAGAGCUACGUCCAGCUCCUCAACAGCAUCCGAGACGUGCUCGACACCAAAUACACGCAGAAGCCACAGCUUUCAUGCAGUCAUCCUCUGGAUACGAACCUCCUCUUCGUAAUGUAACGUCGACUUGGGAAUCUGGAUUUUGCAACGCAAUGGCGUUUGUUUAUGUUGAACAUGAUUUAAUGUGGCAGAGAAAGAAUGAAUGUCUUGCCUUUGAGCUAGUCAAAAUAAAUAAAUAAAAAAUAAAACUUGGUUUACAGCCAGAAUUGUAUGCUCUUUGUUGGAUGUGCGGUGAGACGACCAUGACGCAACUUAUAGGCUUGGCGUGCGUCUUUGUGUAGAUCU